UAUCUCAUCAUCUCUACGCGUGUUGGCGAAAGUCACUGGAAACGAACGCGAAGAACUCAACGCAGAUUCCAGAUCCUGCCUGCUUUAUAUGACUGAUAAAUAGCGCCUUUCCCGCUCUCAUUUUAAUUUUUCAAUUUCAAUAGCUACCAACUUACCGUUGCUUCGCUCCAAAUCGCAAAUUAAAUUAUCCCAAAAAGAAGGACUCAAGACGCAAAAACACUACUUCAUAGGAGGUUUGAGCAAUUUUCUCAAAGAGUAAGGAAGCAAAAGAUUGGCUAUCAUGGGAGAGACCGAUCAACUUGUUAUUUUGACAAGAUUUCAAGAUGCAAUGAGAAUGGUCAUGGACAUAGUCGAAAAGGGUAGGAAGAACAAAAGGAGCAAGCGAAUACUUAGGUCAACCCUAAAAAAUAUGACUCUAGUGGUGCAGGAGAUAAAGCAAUACAAUGAACACUUGAAUCCACCCAGAGAAGAAAUCAUCACUCUUGUCAAAGAAAAUGAUCCAGGGGAAGAUCUUGUGUGCAAUUCAUGCUCCCGGAGCUUGUGGUGGACCAAAUUUCUAUCUUGGUUUUCACUCUACGGGGAGGGAUUUUUGCAUGAGAAGAAUGAUUUGCUUACUUCGGAUGACAAACAAGUUAAGGAUAUAAAAAAUACACUGUACAAGGUGAGAGAGAUUAUUGAGCUUCUUGAUAUUGAGAAUUUUGAGCAGAAACUUAAAGGAGCUGGAACGCCAAUUAAGUGUCCUUAUGGUGUUCCUGAAAACCCAGAAUUUACUGUUGGCUUCGUUCCAGUGUUGAGCAAGUUGAAGAUGGAGGUUCUCCAGGAAGGUGUGUUCACCCUUUUGUUGUCUGGCCUGGGUGGAUCUGGUAAAACAACCUUGGCUACAAUGCUCUGUAAGGAUAAAGAAGUCAAGGGUAAAUUCAAGAACAAUAUUUUGUUUGUCAAUUUCUCCCAAACGCCUAAGUUGAAGAAUAUCGUAGAGAGAUUAUUUGAACAUUGUGGCUACCACGUGCCUGAGUUUGUAAGUGAUGAAGAUGCAAUUAAACGGUUGGAAAUUUUGAUGAGGAAAAUUGAGGGAAGUCCACUGUUGUUGGUCUUGGAUGAUGUUUGGCCAGGCUCGGAAGCCCUUGUUGACAAGUUUAAAUUCCAGAUGUCUGAUUAUAAAAUUUUGGUGAUUUCAAGGGUUGCAUUUCCUAAAUUUGGCACCCAAAUCAUCUUGAAAUCCCUUGUUCAUGAAGAUGCAAUGACCCUUUUCCGUCAUCACGCUCUCUUGGAAGAAAACAGUUCAAAAUGCAGUUUAAGUAUUCCUAACGAAGAAAUUGUCCAAAAGGUUGUGAGAUAUUGCAAGGGUUUACCGCUUGCCAUUAAAGUGAUUGGUAGAUCGCUGAGUCAUCAGUCUACUGAGUUGUGGCAAAAGAUGGUGGAGGAGUUGUCAAAAGGUCAUUGUAUACUUGAUUCCAACACUGAAUUACUUACUUCCCUCCAAAAGAUCUUGGAUGUAUUGGAAGAUAAUCCCAUCAUCAAAGAGUGCUUCAUGGACCUUGGGUUAUUUCCUGAAGAUCAAAGAAUUCCUCUUCCUGCUCUCAUUGACAUGUGGGCAGAAUUGUACAAAUUAGAUGAUGAUGGCAUAGAGGCUAUGGAAAUCAUAAAAAAAUUGGACUCCAUGAAUCUGGCUAAUCUUUUAGUAGCAAGGAGAAAUACAGGUGACUCAGAUAAUUACUGCUACAAUAACCACUUUGUCGUCCUCCAUGAUCUUCUAAGAGAUCUUGCAAUUUAUCAAAACAACCGGGAACCAAUUGAACAGAGAAAGAGAAUUAUUACUGGCAUAAAUGAAAAUCAAAGUCAAUGGUGGCUUGGGGAAAAGCAACAAGGCAUGAUGUCCCGCUUGUUGUCAAAAUAUCGCGGAUGGUGUGUUAAACAGACUAUUCAACAGGUCUCAGCCCUCAUAUUGUCGCUGUCAACUGAUGAAACUUGUGCUUCAUAUUGGUCCGACAUACAACCAUCCCAAGCAGAAGUUCUGAUUUUAAAUCUUCAAACUAAGAAGUACACCUUUCCGGAGUUCAUGGAGAAAAUGAUUAAACUAAAAGUCCUUAUCGUGACAAAUUAUGGUUUUCAUCAUUCUGAACUAGACAAUUUCCAACUACUAGGUUCUGUAUCGAACCUGAAAAGAAUCAGACUAGAGCGGGUUUCUGUUCCUCACUUGAGCGCAUUGAAAAAUCUGAAAAAGUUAUCUCUCUACAUGUGUAGUAACAUAAGCCAGGUUUUUGAAAAUGGCACCAUCCUAGUUUCAGAUUCAUUUCCAAGUUUAUUAGAUUUAAACAUUGACUAUUGCAAGGAUAUGGUGAGAUUGCCUAAUGGUAUCUGUGACAUUUCCUCUCUAAAGAAGCUCAGCAUUACUAACUGCCACAAACUUUGUUCUCUGCCCCAAGAAAUUGGACAGUUGUUGAAUUUGGAACUCCUAAACCUAAGUACCUGUACUGACUUGGAAGAGAUACCAGAUUCUAUUCAAAACCUUUCUAAGCUAAGACUUCUUAACAUCUCAAACUGCAUAAGCCUUUCAAAUUUACCAGAGGACAUUGGUAAUCUAUGUAAUCUCAGAAAUCUCAAUAUGACAAGCUGUGCUAGAUGUGAACUGCCAUAUUCAAUAACCAAUCUUGAGAAUUUAAAAGUAGUGGUAUGCGAUGAGGAGACAGCGGCCUCAUGGGAAGCAUUCGAAGCUUUGCUUCCCAAUCUGAAGGUGGAGGUUCCUCAAGUUGAUGUUAACCUAAACUGGCUUCAUUCAAUAAGCUCCUAACUCCUAGGACCUUGUCUGCUUCAUGGAAGGAAACAUUUGAAGCUAUGCUUCCCAAUCCUAAAGUCAGAGAGGUACCUCAAGUUGAUGUUAACCUAAAUGGCUUACCAAUAGCCGCAAGUAUUUUAUGUAUCUUGUAUAAAAGUUUCUACACUAGCCCUACUUUUGUCACCAAGUGUGAUGUAUUUGCAUGUUUCUUACAAGUUGCAAACAGCAGAUGAUAAUUGAAAAAGGUAGGAGAUUGCGUGUAAUGUGUGUGGUUUCAUGAAUUGACAUACUUAGUACUAAUACGUGUUGUAAGUUUUCUCACUUCUGAACUUUCAUAAAGUAUGCAUUUUUAUCUUA